AUGUCAGCCACUUUGGAAUCUGAGUUGAUCAAAUUAAUGAAUUCAAUAAUAGCUUUUGAAAAUUGCAAACAAAUUGAGGAUAGUUACAUGAAUUCAAAAGAUGUUAAAAUUGAUGAUUUCUCAGAUAACAAAAGUGAAAGUACAAGUAGUAUAGAUAUGGUCAAUGAUAAUGUGAUUAAUAAACUUCAUAAACCAGAAACACCUAAUUCAAAUG